AUGCGGAACAAUCUUCAAUGCAUUUCUUUCUUUUCCUUAAAAGCAGCAACCACAACCAAACUGGUUUGUUAUUUUACCAACUGGUCACGGUACAGACCCGGUGUGGGCAAAUUUCUACCAGAAAACGUGGACCCCAACCUGUGUACACACCUGGUUUAUUCCUUCACCAUCAUCAACCAUGCUAAUGAGAUCACUGAGUAUGAGUGGAAUGAGAAAAGCCUCUACAAGUCAUUCAUUGAGCUCAAGAAGAGCAGCUCCACACUGAAGACUUUACUGUCAGUCAGAGAUGAGAGCGCUGGAUCUCAGUUCUCCAUCAUGGUGUCUGCUCCAGCUAACCGUCAGACAUUCAUUCAGUCUUCUAUCAGAUUCCUGAGGACUCAUGGGUUUGAUGGUCUGGAUCUGGACUUAGGAGAUGUUGGAUCUCAUGGAAGUCCUCCAUGGGACAAAAAGGGUGUUACUCUGCUCUGCAAGGGGCUUUGGGAGGCCUAUGAAGCUGAGAGUAAAGGACACAAAGACACACGAUUGAUUCUCUCUGCAGCUGUGACAGCAGAAACAGAUGUUUUAGAUAGAUUAUAUGAAAUCUCUGAGAUGUCAAAGUACCUGGACUUCAUUAAUGUGAAGACGUUUGGACUCCAUGGUGGUCAAGACGAAGUAACAGCCCACCACACUCCACUCUACACUGAAAACACAACUAAUAUAGAUCAUGUGAUGCAAUAUUGGAUGAAGCGUGGAGCCCCAGCAGGGAAGUUGUUGCUGGGUUUCUCCACCCACGCUUACUCCUUUACACUCUCCACCACAGCAACAGGCGUGGGUGCUCCAGUCAGCAGUCCUGCCAGCCCGGGGCCCUACACCCAGCAGAUUGGCCUCUGGUCUUACUACGAGACAUGCUCUUUCCUAAAAGGCACAUCGGUUCAGUGGAUUGACAGACAGGAAGUUCCCUAUGCUGUCAAAGGCAAUCAGUGGGUCGGCUUUGACAACCAGAGGAGCUACGAUGCCAAGGUGGACUAUCUGAGGAGGAGACAGCUGGGAGGAGCAGCUGUGUGGACUCUGGAUAUGGACGACUUCUCUGGACACUUCUGUGAACAGGGCAAAUAUCCACUCAUAUCACACCUGAAACAUAGACUCAGUGAAGGUGAGGCUACCAAGCUGAUCACUUAA